AUGAACGGCUUUCUCGGGGUGCUCGAUACGGCAGUCAGCCGUGUUGAAUCCUUCAUGCUGGCAUUCGGCGUUCUUUUGAUGGCAGCCAACACGGUCAUCAAUGUCGUUGGUCGGUUCGUGUUUCAGCACAGCUUGUUUUUUUCAGAAGAACUGAACCGGAUUCUGAUCAUCCUGAUCACGUUUGCAGGCAUCAGUUACGCCGCGCGACAGGGUCGCCACAUCCGGAUGUCGGCGAUCUUCGACAUGAUGCCUGCGCGCAUCCGAAAGGUCAUGAUGAUCCUGAUCGCCUGCGUCACCUCACUGGCAAUGUUCGCGCUCUGCAUUUUCGCGAUCCGAUACAUCACCAGCGUUGCGGCCUCGGGCCGGGUUCUUCCCGCAUUGGCCAUUCCGGUCUUCUGGAUUUUUCUAUGGGUACCUGUCGGGUUUUUCAUGACCGGCGUCCAGUACGCGCUGACCGCGGUCAAGAACAUUUUCGACAAGGAUAUCUACCUCUCGACCCAGGUGCUUGAGGGUUACGAAGACGACGAGUUCGAAGUCUAG